AUGACACGGUUACCCAUUUUAGUAUUAUGUCUCCAGGCAUACUGUAUUCAGAAUGCGCUCAGUCUUUGUCCAUGUAUGGAAGGGCUGAUGGGAGUGGAUCUUGCAGAGAGAUUCCUUGGAAAGCCUAAUCUGGGUGCUAGCUUAGUCAAUACCGAAUUAGCUGCAAUUGGAACUGGUCCCUUCCCAACCUCCAGUUACGGUCCUUAUGGUCCCAAUUUAGGAGCUGGUAUAGUUGGUGCGGAAAUCGCUGCAGCUAACCUUGGAGGAUAUGGUGGACGGGGCAUCGGAGCUGGCAUAGUUGGUGCGGAAAUUGCAGCUGGUUUGAACAGUGGUUUCGGCCCUGGAUAUGGUCCUGGAUUUGCUGGGGCUGAAAUUGCCGCUGCUGGCCUCGCAGGUGGAUUUGGUGGCUUGGCUAGUGCUGAAAUAGCAGCUGGUUUAGGGAACGGGUUCGGACCUGGUCUUACUGGUGCUGAAAUUGCUGCCGCUAGUCUCGCAAGUGGAUAUGGUAAUGUUGGAUAUGGUGGUUUGGCUGGCGCUGAAAUUGCAGCCGGUUUAGGUGCGGGUCUCACCGGUGCUGAAAUUGCCAGUGCAGAAAUUGCUGCAGCUACUCUUGGAGGAGGUUACAAUGCAGGCUUAGCUGGUGCCGAAUUAGCAGCUGGUUUAGGCAAUAUUAACGGAUUUGGCGCUGGACUAAGUAAAGCAGAACUCAUUGCUUUGCUUUUAUCAAAGGGAUCCAAUGGUUAUGGAUUUGGAAACGGUUUAUCGAAAACGGAAUUAACUGCUGCUUUACUUGGGGGUUUGGGUGGUCCUAAAUUUGGUCCUGGUUAUGGCCCUGGAUUUGGACCUGGUCCCAUGUAUGGCCCAGGGUAUAUGCCUGGAUUUGGGCCUGGAUUUGGACCCGGAUUUGGACCUGGAUUUGGGCCUGGAUUAGGUCCGGAAUUAGGACUCGGCUUUAACCCUGGAUUUGGCCCUGGAUUCGGUCCUGGAUUUGGUCCCGGAUUAGGGCCGGAAUUAGGACUCGGAAUUAACCCAGGAUUUGGACCAGGUUUUGGCCCCGGAUUAGGACCUGAAUUUAAUCCCGGAUUUGGCCCCGGGUUUGGACCCGGCUUUGGACCAGGUAUUGGUCCAGGCUUUGGCUCAGGGUUUGGAUAUGGUCCAGGCUACGGAUAUGGAACCCCUAUGGUCUAUUGA